GUGUUAUUGCGUUGACACGGAUGUAUUAUACGGUAAGCUAACCUGCACCAAAACAAGCCAAACUUGAAAUUUGCAUCUUUCCGCCGCGAAAAUUACCACCGAUUUCCAAGAUCUCGUCCCUCAGUGUAGUCGGAGCCUGUUCUACUCUCCUCUCUCUUACGCAUAUCCAAACAAGCCUCAUUCAUAAUUCUUCGACAUGGAACACACACCCAACCCUAUCCUCCUGCAGAAAGGCGACUCCUCUCGCACGCCACUCUUCCUGCUCCACGAUGCCGGCGGCACGGUGUUCAACUACUACAAGCUCGGGAACGUGGGCCGAACCAUCUACGCCAUCUCCAAUCCGUGGAUCAAAACGGAGACGAAGUGGGAGGGCGGGUCGAUGCGGUUCGUGAACGAGUACAUCAAACUGAUCAAGAGCGUGGUGUCGUCGGGCGAGAUUCUAGUGGGGGGCUGGUCCCUGGGCGGCCAACUCGGCAUCGACAUCGGGCGCGUCCUUGCCUCCAAUCCUCGCUCCCGCCUCUCCGUCGUCGGCGUCGUCAUGAUCGACACCCUCUAUCCCUACUGGGGACCACCCGAGACCCCUCAUGCCGAAUUCCCCGUGGACCUAGUGCUGCGCAACUGCCCGGACGAGCUGCGCGCCGAGAUCCUGCGGUGCAUGCAGUGGUCGAAACAAGACAGCGACGAGUGGGUGCGACGCAACUGGAAAGCCGACGCGGACGAGCUGGACAAGAUCGAGGCGGAGGAGCCGCCGCCGGGGGUGCUCAUCCUGGCGAAUGGAUACGUGCCGGUGGGAGAGGGACAGGGCGGUCGAAAGGUCAUGGUCGAUUAUUUGAGGGAGAAGAGGGUCGGGUGGGAUUUGUUUCCGCAUCAGUUUAUUGUGGCGGUGUGGGAGGUGUCUGGGCAUCAUUUUGGGCUGUUUGAGAGGGAGACGAUUCAGGUGACGACGGAGAAGGUUCGAUUGGCGUGUGAUCUUCUGGCGGAGGACUGA